GCUUUUAACAAGUCGCCGUGUCCUUUGAAUGAAAAAGUAGGCAGUUUAAACCUCGGCGUGCGCUCUCUUUACCAGCUGACGAAACAUUCAAAGGCAGUAAACAUCACACUUAUAAUCGGUCACAGAGAUCUGCAUUGAAAUGGCCUACACAUUGGAGACGGGCGGUGUAGCUUGUGUUGGCUUUAGGCCUGUUGUUGACGUGUAAAUAAACGGAGUAAGAGGAUUUCUCAUGGUGGUGUCUUCCCGUCAGAAGCCCGUCACUUCCAGAUACGAAUAUCUGUGUCGCCCACCAUGUCUCCCUCCAGUCUAAGAAAAUGAAUAUGUAUGCUGUGCCCAGCCCGGGAAUACCAGGCUGUCCACCAGGAUUAGAAUAUCUGACUCAGGUGGAUCAGCUACUCGUCAAACAGAAAGUUGAGCUUGUUGAAGCCCUUGUAGGUUUCGAAAGCAACAACAAGUAUGAAGUCCGUAACGCCAUGGGCCAGAAUGUGUUCUACGCUGUCGAGGAGAACGACUGUCUGAGUCGACAGUGUUGUGGUCCCAUGCGCUCCUUCACCAUCCACGUCCUCGACAAUUUUGGACAAGAGGUCAUCACCAUAACCAGGCCACUUAAGUGCAUGUCUUGCUGCUUCCCUUGUUGUCUACAAGAGCUGGAGGUGCAGGCUCCCCCCGGUAACACAGUGGGGUACGUUAUGCAACAGUGGCACCCGUUCUCCCCAAAAUUCAUCGUUGCAAACGAACACACUGAGCCUGUACUGAAGAUCCAUGGGCCCUUCUGUGGAUGGAGCUGCCUUCCAGAUGUUGACUUUGAGAUUUUGACAAUGGAUGAAGUUAGUAAGAUUGGGAAAAUCAGUAAGCAGUGGACAGGACUUCUUCGGGAAGCAUUCACAGAUUCAGACAACUUUGGUAUCCAGUUCCCCAUGGAUCUGGAUGUGAGAAUGAAGGCUGUGAUGAUCGGUGCAUGUUUUCUCAUUGAUUUCAUGUUCUUUGAGACUACUAACUAGGAGCCAAACAGGAUAUCCAUGUAAGCAUACAACAUUCCUGGAAGAACAAGGCCACAAAGCCAUAACGAUCAGUCCCAAAUGCCCUAACAUAGAACAACCUUCAAAUGGAUAGCUUAAAGAAAGUACCCAAAGGUACAUAAAUGUUAUAACUUUGCAUGAACAAUGAAAUAGAAGGUUUGUUUUAGUCUUAGCUGCUCAGGUUGGUUGUUAAAACACGUUACCAGGCUGUGAAUGCACAGUACGUGUUUUUAGACAAUGUUUGUGAGGAAGUUUUCAUUUGUUUUUAUAUUAUGGUUGCAGAGCCCAUCUGGGCCCAGAACCUUUAGUUACUACUAAUAAAAAAAAAACUUGAAUAGAAGGAUCACAUCCAUAUACAAGUAAAUGAAAAGGGAACUCCAUUAUAGGCAAGUGCUGUUAUACAGUUUGUGAAAGACACAUUAGUGUCAUUAUGGUUAGUAAAGGGGGUCAGCCAAAUAGCACUUGUGUAAUUUGGUCAUAUUAAUAGUCAUGAUGUUAAUUUAUAUAGGACAAUAUGCUUGUAGCUAUAUUGUGUGAGAACUGAAAGACUUAUGUAAUGUAGUAGUUUGUAGUUCAGAUAUUUAAUGCUCUUAUUUGUUGAUUUUAUAUUUUGAUCUGUUUAAUAAUUUGUCAACAUAGAGCAAUGUGUGUGUGCACUGCUUUGUGUGUCUGUGUGCUAUGAGUGUACUUGUGUAUGUGUGUGUUUUAACUGAAACAAACUAUCACAGGAUACAAUAAUAUUUUCGAUGCCAUAAUAAUUAUGCAUUGUCAACUCUGUAGAGGUUGUUUAGGGAACAGAUGGGUUAUGGCUUGAUGUAGUGUCCCAGUCUUGUCCACAAGAGGGAGCUAGCUGUUCAUUUAAGAAUUACCCAACACAGCCCAAAUGGACAAACUAAAUACCUGUUUAUGCCAUAGGUUUUUAUUUAAAUAUUAGUGUCUGAUGACAUUGUAUAUUUUUUGGACAAACUCAGGUUGAUGCAUGCUAUUUUGUUAUAGUGUUGGCUACUGCUGGCUCGGGAAUUACACACCUACACCUGAUACUAUGAAUAUGAAGAUAGAAUAUUUUGGAGGCGGUUUUGUACAUUAAAUCAUCUAAAUAUCCAUAUUUUGCAUACAUUUCCUGGUGUAUCAACUUGAAUUUUGAUCCUUCUCACGUUACACAUGGUGUGACAGCUCUACAUGUGUCAAAAAUGCAAAAGUUAAAUACAUGUACGACUUUAAUUUCCAUCAGUUGGCCAUUGAUACUGCUGUGCACCGUGCUUCAUGGUAAAAUUCAAAUAUGAUUAAAUGAGUAUGGCCAUCAGUCUGAUUAGGGAUGGUAUAAAGUAAAGUAUUGGAGACAUCAACAUUAAAGCUAAAGCUCUUUUGUAGCAUCAUGAUAAAGUGUUUUUCUCCACAUGUAUGUCAUCUGUGGUUCUGGAAAACUGGGGAAAAAACAUCCACCUUAAUUAAUUAAAAAACUUUAAAGGGAAUGUUCACCCCAAAAUCAAAAAUACAUAAUUUACCAUGAAGUGCUAUUUAUCCAUCUAGAUUGUUUUGGUGUGAGUUGCUGAGUUUUGGAGACAUUGGUCGUAGAGAUGUCUGCUUCUUUUUUAUUUUAUGGGACUAUAUGGCAUUUAGCUUGUGGUGCUCUAAGCGCCAUAAAAUACAUUUUGAGAAACUCAACAGCAAUGUCUCUUGCCAGAAUCAUGACCCGGUUACUCAAGAUAAUCCACAGAUUUGUUGAGGACUACCAAUAGUUCCUACAUGAAACUGCUCACAACAAAUCUGUGGAUUACCUUGAGUUUUUCAAAUUUAUUUCUUUGGCGCUUUGAGCACCACAAGCCAAGUGCAUAUAGUGUAUAUAUUCUCAUUAUAUAAAAAAAAAAAAUGCAGACAUCUCUACGGUCGAUAUCUCCAAAACUCGGCAACUCAUACCAAAACAAUCUAGAUGGAUAAAUAGCACUACAGGUAAGAGGAAAAAUAUGUAUUUUUGAUUUUGGGGUGAAUGGUCCCUUUAACAUAUAUAUUAAGUCUUAUAAGCUUAAAGGCUUUUAUUUUUGUAAAAAAAAAAAUAAUAAUAAACUACCAGUUGGAAGAGCUAAUGUUUCCAGUGUUGGGUUAAAUCUUCUUCUUAUGUCAACAGUGUUUUAUUCUGCCUUUUAAUAUAACAACUUGUUUGUAGAAUUACCUUAAGUGGAUUUAUCUCACUAGUUAUGAGCAGCUUUUUUAAAAACUUGAUUUUAAGACUAAAUACAUGAUUAAGUAGUUAAGAUGGAUGUUUUUGCAAUCUGUUCUGUUUUCAUGGCAUAAGUUGUUAAGAAACUACUCAAUUUAAGUAAAUUUGAAUUACACUGUUAACCAUUAAGAUUAGCCUGAUCAUUUGGCAUGUCUUGUUGGGUUGGAUGCAUUAAUAGUAUAAGAUGCUGGUGCUAUGUCCUCUGAAGGCUCUUUGAUUGUGUUUUAAAAGCCAAAAAUUAAAGUCAGAAUGUGAUACAAAGGGAAUUUAGCUAUUCCCAAUUAGUUAUAUAUUUAAAAAAAAUGUUCAAGUACUUAUUCUUCUACUUUUGCACUAAUACUGUGAACUAAAACCAUUUUGUCACGCAAUGAAUGCAAACAAACUCUGUGAGCUAAGCUUCAAUUGUGCAAAUAGUCCAUGGAAACACUUCAAUAAAAAAAUAAUAUUGUGA